GGGUUCAGGGCUGUCAGAGGAGAACAACAGGGGAUGCUGGCUGAGCAGGGAAGAUGGACCAGGAACCUGCAGGAGUUGCUGGCCAACCCUGGGGGAGCUCAAGUCACCUCUUACCGACCUGCUUGUUUUGGGGUGGCUUGGGCUUGUUUUUGAAAGGCAGGGUCGCAUAUUUAUCUCGUGAGACUUGGCAACUUUGGUUGGCUUUUACCCGUCUGCCUUGAGGUGAAAGGCUCUGUAGGCCUUUACCAAAGCCCUGAUCCCCCCUGAUCCCCCUCCUAUUUCCUUAAAAUGGUAAAUACAUGGGGGAAACUGAGGCACAGACAGGUGAGGUAACUUGCCCAAGGUCUCCCAGUGAGUCAGGAGUAGAGGAAGGAAUAGAAACCAGGAGUCCCUAUUGCCAGGUCUUGUCAGGGACCAGACCAGCAGGGACAGCGGCUGGCCGGCUCUCUGAAUAACUUCCCUGCUAGACAACCUAUAAGGCCACCUGCUGUGCCUGGGACCUGCCGGAGGAGCCACAGCGCUGGCCGGCUGCCGGCUCACCAGGCCUGCUUAGACGCCUGGCACCCAGAUGAGCUCACUGGCUGCUCAAUGUGUAUCUUGCCCAUGGCAGCUGUGCUUCCCUGUCGUCCAGUCCCUGCUCCAGCCGGCUUCCAGGCCCUGCUCCUGCUCUGCUCCAGCCCCUGCUCCCCUUCGGCUUCAGACGUCUGGUUUGAUGCCCAGCCCUGCCUCUGCCUCACUCACUGCUUGGCCCCUCACUUCUGGCUUCGGCUUCUGUCUCUCUGGUACUGAUCCCGGGCUCCGCCUCUGGCUGAGGACUCUGCUGUACCCCCACCCUGGCUCUGGCAUUUGGCUUCUGACCCUGGGCCCAUUUCCUGGAUGCUGCCCAUGCUGGACCCAGCUCGAGCCCGUUGGCUGAAGUCUCACUUCCACCACGAGGCCUGACCACACGUGGCCCAGCUGGUGACAAGGUGGCUCUCACCACCAGGCAUCCUCCCCAUUUCUAUUUCUGGGCCAGGGCUGCGUCAGAGGGAGGCUCUAACCCAGCAGGCCGCUGAAAGGAUCUACCUGCCAGCGAUCGGGUCUCGGCUCAGCGCGAAGGCAGGAGAAUGGAGAGGGAGAAUAACUAUGAGAACCUGGAGAUGAUGGAAGCUGCUCCCCAGCCAAAAGGGCUGCGUCAGAGGGAGGCUCUAACCCAGCAGGCCGCUGAAAGGAUCUACCUGCCAGGGAUCAGGGCUCGGCUCAGCACGAAGGCAGGAGAAUGGCGAGGGAGAAUAUCUAUGAGAAACUGGAGGUGAUGGAAGCUGCUCCCCAGCCAAAAGGAAAUCCUACCGAGACAUCGGUCCCUUGGCGGCGCGGGGCGGGGCGGAUCGUCACUGCUGUCCUGCUCCUGACGCUUGUGACCCUGGCCAGCUCCCUCCUUGCUGUGACGCUUCUAUAUUUCCGGGCACAGUGCAAGCUGCAAGCGGUUGAAGAAGCGGUGCAGAAGCUCCAAGUCUCUCUGCAGCCUGACAACGCCUCGGAUACGUCAGCAAAGGAAUCGGACAGUCUGCAGCUCCUGGACGAAGCGCUGGCAGGAGUCCGGAUGCUGAAAGACCAGCUGGGUAACAACAGUGCAGCGUAUGGAGAAAUCCAGACCCAUCUGGACAACGUCAGUGCAGCGUAUGGAGAAAUCCAGACCCGUCUGGACAACGUCAGUGCAGCGUAUGGAGAAAUCCAGGCCCGUCUGGACAACGUCAGCGCAGCGCGAGCAGCAGAGCAGGGUUGCUGCAGUCAUGUGCUGACAAAGCUCUCCAGAGGCUGGAGGUUUCAUGGUGGGAACCUCUAUUACUUUUCACAAGAAAAAAAGCCGUGGGACGAGGCCGAGCGGUUCUGUGUGUCUCAGGACUCGCACCUGACCUCUGUCUCCUCCCAGGUGGAACAGGAGUUUCUCUCCAACGAGACCAAGGGAGGAAGUCACUGGAUUGGACUCACCGACCGGGGGACAGAAGGCAUCUGGCGCUGGGUGGAUGGCACAGAAUUCAGAGCAGACGCAAGCAGGGGGUUCUGGGAGGAGAAUCAGCCAGACAACUGGCAUCAGGAGACAGGAGGCAGAGAAGACUGUGUGGAGAUCCGCCCAAGCAAGCUGAAUUUGUGGAAUGAUGCCAACUGCACUCUGCCUUCUAGGUGGAUUUGUAAGCAGGCCCAUGGACAGGCUGGGCUGUGACAUGCAGUUCCCAGCACCUCAGAAAGUGCCUUAAUUUCCAAGCUAUAGAGCCACCUGCCGACGAGGAGCCCUGUGCACUGGCAGGGGCCGCUUGGCAUGUGCAUUGCAGGGACGCUUUGUCUUGGUGUGAUAUUUCUGCUGUAGCAGAGACAGCUGUCCUUAUGCCGCUCAGUGUGCAUGGCUCUGUAAUUUGUAAGUUUCCAGGUCUGUCACAAAAUAAAGUCCUUGAAUCA